ACCAAGUACUGCAGAGAAUGAAAGGCAGAUUUUCAAUACUGAAUAAUCCUGUGAACAUGUUGGGCCUUAUACUGUGCUUUUAGAGCAGAUAAUGCAUUUAUGUUUCAAUGAAGAUUUCUAAAGGCUUAAAGAGAUAAAUUUUGAGCGAGUCAGAAGAAUACAAUUUAUUUUAUGUCUAAAAUUCUUCUGGGAUUUCUCUGAGUUGAGUAAAUGGAUCUUAAAAAUGAAUCUGUAGUGACUGAGUUUAUUUUACUAGGAUUUUCUGGACAAUGGGAACUUUGUAUAUUCUUCUUUUCAGCAUUCUCCUUGAUCUAUAGUGCUGUUGUGUUGGGAAACGUUCUCAUUAUGGUUACAGUAACAUUUAGCUCCACCCUUCAUUCUCCCAUGUACUUUCUACUUGCAAACCUCUCUUUUUUGGACAUGUGCCUCUCCACUGUCACCACCCCCAAGAUGAUCACAGGCUUGCUCACUGAACACAAGACCAUCUCCAUAUGGGGCUGCAUGACCCAGAUGUUUUUUAUGCACCUUUUUGGGGGUGCUGAGAUGACUCUUUUGAUAGCCAUGGCCUUUGACAGAUAUGUAGCCAUAUGUAAGCCCCUGCACUACAGGACAAUCAUGAACCACAGGUUGCUUGGUGGGUUUGUGAUACUUUCAUGGAUAAUUGGUUUUGCACACACCAUGAGCCAGAUGUUAUUAUUGGUGAAAUUGCCUUUUUGUGGCCCCAAUGUUGUGGACAAUAUAUUUUGUGACCUUCCCCUUGUGAUUAAGCUUGCUUGUAUAGAAACAUAUACCCUGGAAUUAUUUGUCAUUGCUAACAGUGGGUUGCUCUCAUUGAUCUGUUUCAUUCUUCUGCUUAUCUCCUACAUGGUCAUCCUGGCCACUGUGUGGCAAAGAUCAUCUGGAGCACUUUCUAAGGCUCUGUCCACAUUGUCUGCACACAUCAUUGUAGUCACUCUGUUCUUUGGACCUUGUAUCUUUAUCUAUGCCUGGCCAUUCAAUAGUUUUGCAGGCAAUAACAUCCUUUCUGUAUUUUACACUGUUAUUACACCCUUACUAAACCCUAUUAUUUACACCCUGAGAAAUCAGAAAAUGCAAGGGGCCAUGAGAAAAUUAUGGUUCCUACUUAUUAGCUCCACACAGAACUUCUAGAUUUAAGCAGUAUAUAAUACAGCUUUCACAUACUAUGCUAACAGAACUUGAAUAGAUUAUAUACAAUAUAUGGUUUUACUCUUGUGGUGUUAAAAUGUUAAUCAAUGGAGAAAAAUUAAUAAUAAAAUAUUUUUAAUUUACACAAAGCAGUUAUAACACAUUAUGAUAAUUAACAGCCUGCAGCAAAAUAGGCAUAAAAUUACUGACUACUUUUACAUAGACAUUCAGGUAUAUUUACUAGUAAUGAAAUACAUAUUAAAAAUGUGGUAAAUAUUAUUAUAGGUGAUUUUAAUAGAUACAGAUUUUUACUGACAUUCAUAAAUUUACACAAUUAAAUGAGGUACCAUUGCAAAUAAUGAUUGAAAUAAUGUCACCAAUAAUGGGAAAAAUAUGAUUCUAAUCUCUUAAACCAAUGAGAGAAAACAUAAGAAUAAAUAAUUAAAUUUGAAAGUAUAAUGAAUAUAAGCUGCCAGAGUGAAUAUGUGAUACCAGAAGGGGGAAAACUAAUGGAAAGACAAUUUCAGUAUAACUAUAGAGAGUAUCCUUAGAACCAAAUGCUUCCAGAAAUAUUAUAAGUAUUCACAGCUGACUUUCAAACCUCUAUAAAUAAAAGUAGAGGCACACUUCUUGAUUUUACACAAUAUAUCAUGUAACUGUCCAAGUGCUUUAUGUAAGGCUACAGUUAAAUUUGCCUCUUGCAGGCUUGUGGUCCUUAUUAUAACUAUAAGCUAAAUCUGAUUUGCUUGGAAGUGUUGAUGAGGGGGUAGUGCAUGCUUAAUUGGGAAUCCCACACUCAUUGUUGGUUAAUUUUAAAUAUUCUCUCCUAAUUCAAGAUAAAACAUUUCUUGUAUGCUCUAGUCAAUAGCUUUGUAACUGAUGCUAAACCACCAAUAAAUUCUUUCUGUCUUCAAUGUUUUCUCUAUAAACAUCUAGAGUGAUGUCAUUAAAAUACCAUUCUCAAUGUCUUUCUCAACUAAAACUAUUUCAUGCAUUAAGACUUAAGUCCAUACCCUUAACUGGACUUAAAAAUCCUUCAUAAUAUGGCCUAACCCUGGAAUUUUGUUUCAAAAUACUCUUUUUCACAAUGUUAGAGUCACACUGACCUUCUUUCAAGUUCUUAAAGCAUCAGCAUCUUCUUAACUUAGGAGUUUUUCCAGGCUGUUCCCUUCACUAGGAAUAAUCUACCACCUCUUUACUGAGCUAACUCCCUAUUAGAACACAGGACCCAUUUUAGGACACAUUUCCUGUAUAUCCUUGGACAGUUUAUAUUUAUUUAUGUCACUUAUUUGUAGCAUGAUGCAAUUUCUAUUUUUUGCAUAAAUUAUGGUAGUAAUUAUUUGUGUGAUUCUAGGUUAAAUUCAGCUUUCUUUUUAAGUUAUAAGUUCCACAUACCUUCAAUAUCUAGCACACAUAUUGGCACACAGCAGUUUAUACAUACUUAUUGAAUGGACUUAAAAACAUGAAAUAACUAUAUUCUAGCACAAUAUUACUCAAUUAGACCUACAACUAAGAAAUGCAUGCACCUCUAUUGUGAGAUAUUACAUGUUAAAAAGAUAAAAGAUUAAAGCACACAAGGACAAAUGUUGCUUAUUUAUUUCAGUAAUUGAAUUUCAGAAAUUAGAUCCUUUUAAUUAAAUCAAGAGAAUUGAGUAUAUGUAAAAUUUAAGUCAAAUGGAGAAGAAAUAAAGGAAGUUCACUUAUGUUUACUAUAGCAUUAUUUACAAUAGCCAAGAUUUGGAAGCAGCCCAAGUGUCCAUCAGU